AUGGAAUCUACACCAAGCAUUGAACUCUAUGGAACUGGAUCACCAAAUGUCCACAAGAUUACUCUUGCUCUUGAAGAAAUGAAUAUUCCAUUUAUAUUUCAUAAAGUCAACAUCAGAGCUGGAGAACAAUAUACUGAAACUUUCAAAAAGCUCAAUCCAAACAGUAAAUUACCAGCCUUAGUUGAUCACUCAGUAGGUGUUUCCAUCUUUGAAUCAGGUAACAUUUUGCAAUACUUGGCAACUCGUUAUGGAAAUGGAAAAUACCUUCCAAAUCAAAAUACAGAUCUCAAAGGUCAUACUGAAGUUAUGAAUUGGGUAUUUUGGCAAAUGGCAGGAUUGGGACCUAAUUUCGGUCAAUUCUAUCACUUCUCUCAUUACGCUGGAGAAAAGCAUGAGUAUGCUAUUCAAAGAUUCCUUAACGAAACAACUAGACUCUUCUUGGUUUUAGAAAAACAAUUGGCUAGUAACAAGUUUGUUGUUGGUGAUACUUAUACUAUUGCUGAUAUGGCAAUUUAUCCAUGGGCAAAAUACAUUAAAUUAAUUCCUGAAUUGAAGCAUGAGGAAUUCCCCAAUGUUUAUUCUUAUAUUGAUAGAGUUCGUCAAAUUCCAUCAGUUGACAAGGUUAUAUCAGCUGUGGAAGAAGAUCAAAAGCAGAACCCACCAAAGCCACCUACUGAGGAAGAAAAGAAAUGGAUGUUCAACGUAGAUGGAAGAUCCACUAAAGCAUAG